AUGGCGAAGCCAAACUUUGAUUAUGUUCAAUACAAAGCAGAUUCACCCGAUUCCUUCCUGCAAGGCUAUUUGGUUCGCAGUGAUGCAACAAAAUACUUCGGAUGUUCUGCCGGGCAAGCCGAGGCUAAGACCAUCCCAGCCGAUGCCACGGAACUGACUUAUUCCUGGCCACCAAAUUACGACACUCCGACGGCGCGGUACUGCAACAACCAAGAUUUCAAGCUUUCCCUGACAGCUGAAGAUGGCAUGAAGGCUAUCUGCAUCGUGAUCUCGGAUUACGAGCUAGAGACGGAAAAGGACUAUGUACGGUUCUGGGAUGCUAGCGGAAGCUUGCGCGCUAGCCUGACUGCAGCCUCGCUCGAUCGCCUUGAUGAUUGUGAGGACAGCGCUCCUGCUCUUUGGGUUAGUUUCUGUGGCUCACUCGACAUGUCAGUGCUCAAAGAACUACACAAAACCGGGUUCGUCGUUACCGCCAUUACUGUCGGGAAAGGAAAUGCCUUCACGGUAUUGAUCAAAGAUGGAGACAAAACGGCCUUUACGAUCACCCAAGCUAAUGCUGCAUACCAAAAGGAUGCCUUGAAGGCAUAUAAAAGCCUCAAUCCUUACGUCAGCGUUGUGCUCCAGUAUAAUAAUGACAGCGAUGUGACCUUCAUCAUGAACGCAUACCCUAGCGACCUCGGAACCACCCCGACAGCUCCACCGAUUGUCACUGUCCCUCCCACCGGAGGCGCCGCUGGGUUCCUGGGCGUUGAUUUGGCGUUUGCAUUUGACUCGACUGGAAGUGUUCAAGACACCUUCAAAACGAUGAGGAGUGUGAUACAAGAUGCUGUAGACAGGCUGACCGUCGUCCAGGACGUCUCGCACCCCUAUGGCGCUCGCCUUUCAAUUCAGUCGAUUUCUUCAGCGGUACAACCCAACAACUUGGCCGUGCCUUGGGACCUCACCAAGGAGGAAUUCCUGAGUAUCCUGAACUCGGUCCCGACGAGGAACCCGCUCUCCAACUACGCACCUCCGGUGAAGGCCUUCCUCGGCGACAAGGGCUAUUUUACAAACACUACUAUUGACAAGGCCGAUUCGCGCAGCAAUGUGCAGCGCAUCUACGCCAUCUUUACGCAAAACGAGCCAAACGAUUUGGAAGAUCUGAAGCAAAUUCUUCCAAAACUGGUCGAUCGUGAUGUCCAUCUGGUGGUCCACUGGUCAUACAAGGUGGGCACCAGCAACUAUUGCAACAACCAAAAUGUCACCGUGCUGAUCAAUGGCGCGAAGAGCGACACCACGGCGUUGUGCAUCACAGUUGCCAACUAUCAGUUGGAGAUUGAGAAAGACUACGCACGAUUCUAUGACGCGAUGGGGACCGAAGUGGCCAGCCUGACGGGUAACAACGUGCUUGGCGCCAAAUUCCAAAUGGACGGGAGAACUGGCUCCGCCAGGCUAACCACGAACGAAUACCUCGUCUACAGCGGAAUCAGCUUCAGUGUAGCGGAAACCAAUACCAUGCCCCCGAAAUGCUUC